GCGCUUGAUUCGUCGUCCCCACGCCUUUUAUAUUAAACACUCCAUUCUCUUCCCGCACUAAAUCAAACAUCUUUUGAACUGAAAUCACGGGCAUGAGCAUCCAUUUCAUUUCUCAGCCAUGACCAAUCCCAACAGUCGGAUCAUCACCCACACGUUUCCUUUCCGACUUCACAACCAUGCCCACGCGCCACUACUCCCACUACUGUUCUUGGCGGCGGCGACACCUUACGCCGCCGCGCAGAUGAGUACGGAAUCUUCACCAUCUUCCAAUUAUCCUUACACCAACUUCGAUCCGCCAACGGCGAUCAUCAUCCUGGUCCUCGUUUGCGCAUUCUUCUUCGUCGCCUUCUUCUCCAUCUACCUCCGCCACUGCAUCAACGUCACCGACGCAGAACCAAAUUCCGCCAACUCCACCGCCGCCCGAUUGCGGCGGUUCCCGCGCGGCCUCGAUCCCAAAGUAAUCGAGUCUUUCCCGAUUUUUCAUUACUCGGAGAUCAAAGACCACAAGGUCGGCAAAGGAACGCUAGAGUGCGCGGUGUGUAUAAACGAGUUCGAAGACGACGAAACUCUCAGAUUGCUUCCCAAGUGUAAUCACGUGUUUCAUUCUGAUUGUAUUGACGCUUGGUUGGCUUCUCACAGCACCUGUCCCGUCUGUCGAGCGAACCUCGUGCCGGAGGAGGUGAAUCAAUCUAAUGAAUCGAUUGAUGAGCACAAUUUCAGAACUGAACUCAGUGAAGUAAUGCAAAACGAGAAUCAAAUUUCAAUUUCAAUUUCAAUUAAUGUUGAAGAAGAAGAAGACGACGAAGAAACAGAGAUCCGGAAGCGAGUGAAUUUCCGAAGCAGAAUCGAGAGCGAGGUGAAGUUUCAGAGGUCGCACUCGACGGGUCACUCACUGGUUGGACUCGGAGAGAGCUGCGAGAGGUACACGCUGAGGUUGCCGGAGGAAGUGAGGAAGCAGAUCAUGAUGAGUGGGAGGCUGAAAAGGACCAGGAGUUGCAUCGUGGUUUUGCCGAUGGAAGGGACUAGUCGGGGCCGGUUCGAUCAGGUUGGGAGGUUGGACCGGUGGAUUUUUAGCAUUACGCCGCCGUUUUUCUCGAAGAACAACCGUUCGAAGGCGGGGUCGACGGAGACGUAACGGAGUUGGGGACCUCUAAGGUAUAUGUGAAGCCUGUGAAGACGCAGUUUAAUUGUCCUGCGGUGAAGGGUGACGGAGUUGAACAAUUAUCGACUCGUCUUCCAGUUUAAUUUGAUAUACUAGUAUUUAUUUCAUUAAAAAACAUUUUUUUAUUAUAAUUUUUAACAUAAAUUACAGGUUCACAUUAGCGUAGUUGAAAACCGCAGUACCAUAAAAUUGAAAAGAAAAAAAAUGAAUGAGGGAUAAGUUGUAAUAUUUUGAAGACCCUUCAAUUUAAACUCAAAUUCAGGUGGUGUUUGGUUUUUCUUUUGGGCAAAAUAAGUAGGAAAUGACAAAAAAUAAAAAAAUAAAAAAAAAAUCACAAAAGCCCAAAAAUCACAAAAGAUAAAAAAAAAAAGUCACUAUUUCAAAGUUAAAAAGUCAAAAAAACUAAUAAGAAUACCAAACGAACAAAAAAGUCUCAGGUUAAAAAAGUCAAAAAGUCAACUAAAAAAGUCGUUGCUAAACGAAGGCUCAAAUUUACAUCCAAACUUAACGCGAUCGUACCAAAUACCCACAAUCCAUCUUUUCCACCGUCUAACCCCGCCAUUUAUCUCUCUCUCCCUCUCUUAUCUUCUUGUCCUAUUAUUGACCAACCGCUCCAUUCUCAAAACUAUCAUUAAAAUUUUCUCUGUUUGAAAGAGCUUUGAAAUUGUGAUUUCAGCUCUUAGUUUGCAUAUGGUGUUUGGUU